UUGUUGAAUCAAGAAUAUGACAUGUUGACUAUUAUAAGUAAUUGCAAAACAUUGAAAGAGCUUAAUGAUGCGGUGACAAACAUUGAUCCUUUUAACGAGGUUUCAGAGUUACCUUACAUUCGUCUUGCAAUACAUAAACUUUGUAACUCGAUCUAUAGAGACUUAUUAACAAGAGAUCAUCAUGAAGAUUGGUACCGAAUAAAUGUUUAUGGAGAUCUGUUUGAUUUUAUUUUCACAUCUAGAACAGAAUAUACAACAAAACGAUCCGAAUGCCAUUCAACAAUAAUAAAAAGACUGAAAGAACAGCAAGCUCUUCCCGAAUCUACAAAAGACGUCAAACUUGAUUUUAUUUUUUCACAUAUGAAUAAUGAAAUGACUGAUAGUUUCUUUUGUGAAGAUAAAAGUACUGACAAAGAAUCGGGCAAAGAUGGAAGAAAGGCUCAUUAUUUGCGUGAAAAAUCUUUGGAGUAUUGGACGACAUUACUGCCGUAUAGUUCUGAAAUACAGCAUCUUACCUCCAUCUCUUGUCAGUUUAAUAGACUGAAGUUAAGGGCAUUUCGCUUUUGA